ACAUGUGUAUGUGUACAUGUGUGAUGUUAUGUACGUAAGUCUUGUCAAUAAUUAACAAAUCUUGUACUAGUUGUAGGGCGUUGUGUUCCAUUUAAGUGGCUGUCGCAAAAGGAAUGAUUUCCCCUAAUCAGCAAUUCAAUUGAUGUUAGCCCUUAAGGUGGCCAGGUUGUACUAUAGUAUAAAACCAAAAAGAAAGGAAUAGCCGAGAGAAAAAACAGCCGGGAGCAGCUAGCAUAGCCAUAGGCCAUAGCCGUAGCUCAGCAGGUCCCAAGCACUCCCAAGCUAGCCAAGUCAGAUACCGCCGCGCCGGAUACCGGUUUCCUGAAGGAGUAGUUCCCAACACGUGUCCAAGAUGAUGACUGCUGUCAAAAGCGUGUUUACCAGUAGCCAUCUCCAGAUGCCGGAGUAUGAGCCAGUCAAAACAUAUGAAAAAGGGUAUGAAGAGCGGAGGUAUGAGCCAUCCCGUUGGGUAUCAACCUCCCUGGACCUUAUGACAUCAGAGGAAGCAACGAUCUCUAAGAAGGAAAGACGUGAAUCAUUUUUCAAGCUUUUCAAUUACAUUUCAGGAGAAAAUGAAGGCAGUCAGAAGAUAGAGAUGACAGCCCCAGUAGCAAGACAGUACAUUCCAGGACAAGGACCAGCGUGUGAGACUAAAUACACAAUGUCAUUCUUUGUUCCAAGAGAGUUUACAGAGAAUACACCUAAACCAAAAGCUCCUGAUGUAUCUAUCACCAACCUACCACAAAUGACUGUCUUUGUCAAGAAGUUUAGUGGGUUUGCCGAUGACGAUAAGUACCUUGAGGAGAUGAAAAGGUUUGUUUCAAUCCUGGAAGAAGAUGGCCAUCAGGUCAAGGAUGAUGUGUACUACUUUGCUGGAUAUGACAGUCCUUUCAAGCUGUUAAAUCGUAGGAAUGAGGUCUGGCUGGUCAAAGACUGCGAGGACGGUCAGCUAUCACAUCAAGUCGUCCCUAAUGCUUCAUCAGAUGGAGACCCAUCUGAAAAGCUUGAGCCAAGUGGAGGGGAGGAACAAUCUUACCUAGAGAAUCCAGCUGGAGCAGUAGGUGGAGCUGAGGCAGCAGGAACUGCCUCUGAAGAUCAGACCUUUAAUGAGAAUUCCAAUGAAAUAGGCAUGGACUAAUGAAAGCAAGUAGAUCUGACUGUUUUUGAAGGAGACCCAUUAAUCAUCCUAAUUUAUGAAGUUAUACUUGAAUAAAAGACUGACACAACUCAUCCUUCAGAGAUUUACCGUAGUUUAAUAUGCGAGUAGCAUGGUCCUUACAGGAUGGACAUCAUGCUAGUACAUGACUUUAAAACUGAACUUGUACCAAGUAAUUAUCCUUCAGUCUUGGGGUGGUUCUAAACAUACGUCGAAAGUGGACAGUCUGGUGUCAGAGUUGGCUUGACUUAUGUGUAACACCCCCCUUUUUUUUCAGAAGCCGAACUGACGCCAGCUCAGACAGAGUCCACCUCUGGAAGUGGUUUGAAGCCAGCAUCAUGCCAGCUUCAGUCCUGCAAUUCGUAUGUGUAUCACCCCUAAGUGGACUCAAGCCAGCUUGACCACUGAACUGGAAAUAAUGAACAAUAAUUAUAGGUAUAAAAUGAACUGUGCAAAAGCAAUGAAAAUUUAAAUGAAAAGUCAGGUCUCCUGUGUCAGGUAAAUUGGCAACAUGAAGCUUAAGUGUUGACACACAAUUGCAUUUCCUGGACUACACGUAUCAGGAGGUAUAAUGAUCUUGUGGCUGCUUUAAAUUGCAGGUGUGAAGGAGGCUCCAAAGCUGGCAGUAGAGCAAGCUACAAACCUGGCGCAUGUGUAUCAAGAGCCUCGGAGUACCCAAAACAAGAAUUGAGAAUUUUGUCGUGUUUUUCUCAACCUAAAGAAUUUUUCGAAUAAUCUUUUUUUUCCAGAUAACAUGAAUAUUAAACACUUUAAUCAGGUUGUCGAAAGUACAUGUAUAUACAUUUUUUCUUCAGAUUUUUGCAAUUUUGUUACCGUUUUCACUUGGCACAUACAUCAGCUGUGAAAAACUACUUUUAUUUUUUUACAUGCUUAUGUUUACAAUCAUGACAUUCACGUUGUAAUGACUAUGGCUCUUUGGGAGGCAUGCUUUGCACAGUAUGAUAUGAAAAAAUUCUUAUGCUUUGGCAUUCUACUUAAAGGAUAACUGACAAUGCAGUAUUAAUUGUAUAUUAAUUGUAUAUUGAAACAAGAUGUCAGCAACUGAGAAAGAACAAAAUCCCUGGUUUGCUUAUGGUGGAAUUCAUGAAUGUCUUUACUUUAAAUGUUCGGAUACACAGGGUCUCAUAUACUGCCAACUAUCGCCAAGAAGUAUUUAAAAGUAUAUAUAUAUAUUAGACAUUUUAGAGAUCAUGUAAAUAUCCAAGAUUUUAAAGAUAGGUAUACCUUGAAAAUAGGUUUAAUUGAACAGAAGAUCCCUUGUAGAACCGAAUAUGGAUAUUUAAGCUAAUUACCAAAUGUAAAAAAGGUAUAGGUGGUAAAAUUUAUGAUUAUUGUUAAAGUGCACAAGCUAUGUGCCAUGUAUACAGUUUGUGCUAUAUACAUGUCUAAUCACAAACUGCUACUUUUCAACUCAUCGCCUAAUUGACAGCGAUCACAGGAGAUAAUACCAAGAAAAUGUAAUGUUAAUAUUCUUUAAAGGGGAAGUUCACCCAGACAAAAGUUUAUUGUAAAAAUAGAAAAAGUAACAAAAAAAUAUUGCCAGAUAUUUGAGGAAAAUCUGUUGAAGAAUAAAAGUGAUUAGUUCUAAUUACUGGUAUUUGAUUUGUGACGUCAUAUGAGAGCAGAUUUCCUUCAUAUCAUAUUGUAAAAAAUCAAUGAAAUGUCAUUUUCUCAGAAAAUCGAAAAUGGUUUGUUAUACAUUCAGUAUAUCAAUAGACAAAUCAUUUCACACCCGUUCCUAAAAAAAAUUUUAUAAGUCAUCACAAACCAUUAACAAAUUGAAAUUUAUGGAUUGCUUAUUACAUAAAAUGGGGCAGCUGCUCGUAUAUGACAUCAUAAAUCCAAAAUUUAAGAUUCUAAUAACUUAAUCUUUAAUGGAUUUUCUUCAAACCUUCAAUAUUUUUAAUUAUUUUUUUCUGCUAUUUUUCCAACAAAUUUUUCUUCACAGUGAACUUCCCCUUAAUUAAGUGAAGAAUUUCCAUCAUGGGUCAAUGGAUUUAGAGACCCCAGUUUUACAUUAUUGAAUAUGUAAUUUCUGUGAUCUAUGAUGUUAUGUAUAUUAUAUUUCAUUUUGAAUUUGAUUUUUUAUUCUCAAUUGUAGAAAACUGGGGACUCAAACACAAUUACUACACCUGUAAAAGCUUGUUGGUUAUACUAAUGAUGAUACAUUAUUAACAUUAUCUUUCAUAUAUUUUCAAUCAAAAUGUGUUAGGUUCAGAAAGAAAGAUGUGAAAUUUUACAUUUGAUGAUUUUUUUUUUCUAAAUUCAAGUGUUAAUAAUAAUAUGUAUAUUUUGAAUCAUUUAUAUGAUUAUAUUUAUGACUGAUAUCAUGUUUGUGUACUAAUUGCUUUGAUUAAAAGAUGUUAUAAUUUUUCAAGAAA